AUGUAAUUUGGAAAUAAUACAAUCGGGACAAUCGAAGAAAUAGAAUACUUGUAAAACGAUAUUUUUCCUACUCUUCAUAUGGCAUUAGCUAAAUUAGUGGAAUAUGUAGAUAAGACUGAAGAAGUAAAUAAACAUAAGGAAAGGUUGGAAUAAAUAAAAGUUUGCGAUAAACUAGAAAAAAGGAGAGUAGAAAGAAGUAGAUUAAAAAAGGAAUUAGGAUCAGAUUUUGGAAGUGAUUCUGAAGGUUAAGCAGAAAACUAAGAUAAUAAAACAAUAAACAUUUCAUAGGAUGGAAAACAAUUAGAAUAACUCAUUCCUAUCUAAAAUGAAUUUCAAUAACAAUCAGCUAGUUUAAUAGAUGAACUUACAAUGCAAGAUAUAAAAAAAGAAAUUAAUCAUUUAUUAGUGCAGAUUGAAGAAGAUUAAGGAGAAGAAGAGGCACCUUAAAAACAUGAAUUAGAGAAAUUAAAACUGGAAUUAAAAGUAUAAAGAGAAGAAAUGGAUUUCAACCCUUUAAUAUACUUAGCUUCAUAAUUAAGACAAUUAGCCAAAUGA